GUAUGCUCUGUGGUUGCCAUAUUAAUGGAUCCUCCACAUCAGAAAUCUAACUAUGCUAAGAAAAAACGGUAUGGAGAAAAAUUUCUAUGAGGUUGUAAUGCUCGAAGUACCUUGAGGCUUUUAAUGUUGCAAUAGUUUUGCCUCGGUUUGCGUAGCUAAGCACCUCUUGAUUGAUUUCUCUAUAUUCGUAGUAGGUAAAAUAAAACAGGGAGACAACUUAUGGACUGUUAUUACUUCAAUGGUUAGAAGAGAGUUAUAGUAUUUUGUCUUGGUUUCUGGUCCUAUCUUAUAUUAUGGAAAGUUCAUCUUCUUUGUCUAAAACCCCUUCUUUUCGACGAUCAACUUCUAAAAAGAUUGAUUACUUAUAUGAAGUAGAGUAUGUGAGUGAUGAUAGCAAAGUUCCUAUUACCCAACUCCCAUUACUUAAUCCUUACAAAGCUUUCACCAAACCAAAUUCCACUUUUCCAAAAGACAUUCGCCAGGUGUUUGUCCCUAACAAACAUAAUGCAAAGGAGCUUGUUCUAGCCUCUCCGUUGGAACAACACCUUAUCCCGGCGACAGAAACAGAACAGAUGAUUCCCCUCAGAAUCAAUGAAGGCAUGAUACAUCAUUGGCGAACUCAAGGAUAUACUCAUCUUCACUAUGGAGCAAUACGUUUGGCGCUAACACUCCAUGGCAGAAAAGGCUUACCAGUUGUAGCACGGGUAGCUCUCCUUGACACCCGAUACAAGGAAUACCAGCAUGCUUGUAUUGCAACUAUCCAGACAACACUAAACGCUGGCACUGUUUUCGUCACCCUCUUCCCAAAUUUCAACGUGGCAUUGGAAGACCCUCAAAUAUAUCAGAACAUGCAAAUCCAGCUGCAAAUCACAGGCGCUCCACAGAUUGGAAACACAUAUGCGGCAACACUUCACCAUCAAAUGGCGUACAGAGUCCAAAAUCAUGCAAUGGACUUAAGUCUCCCAAGAGACACUGAAGAUGCACUACUCAUACAAUUGGAGUCACAGCAUAGCCCGUCGUGCAUCCAUAUUCCUAGACAGAUUCCUAGAGAUGAGCUUGUCAAGUUACUUCCAGAAUCAUGGGUUACCAAUUACGAAAAACUCCAUGACCGGAGUACCCCAAUACAAUCGGUGGACUCUUCUAUUCAUAGGAGAAAAGAUGGAGCUGUAGAGAUUGCCUUCAAGCAACAAGAAGAAAAGUCAAGACCAACGGCUUUCUGCACAGAAAUCAAUACAAUUACUCCUUUUGAAGACACUCAAACCUUGGAGAUCAAUCCACGUUUAGAUGGUGUUCCGAUCUCAUCCUUUGAUUCGUUGGGAGAUCCCAUUUACUCUUUCCAAGAUGAAACAGGCCACAAAUUCUUUGAUGUUUGCGAUUGCCAACACUGUCAGAUGAAUAGUUCUGAUGAUGAUGACACCCCAAGGCGUAGGAGAAAAAAGAAAACUACACAACAAAUUCUCAAAGAACGAUUUGAGUCUGGAGAUCCACAAGUUGGCCUUCUCGGAGAACCAAGUGGCAAGAAUUUUGAAUACUAUGUAUUGUAUUCAGGUGGCUCAACUCCCACAACACCUGAAAAAGAAGAGGUACAACUAAGUUACAUGUUCGGACCCCCAUCCCAGCAGGAUUCACCAUUUCCAUCCAAGGAGUUUGAAGAAAGCAAUAUAAAGCACUCAUGGAAAAUCCGGAAUCCAAAUGUUAAGAAUCCAGAUGGUUCAGUAAAGCAGAUCAGUGCCGCAGAAGCAACGUUAAACUGGCAGUCGGAGAACGCCGUAACCCAAAACCAUCUAUUAAGCCAGAUUGACAAAAAGGUAACCAUCAUGGACCUUUCCAUUAAAGAACUCACCAAAAAGAUAAUCUCUCUCCACCAAGAACUUCUCCACCUUGCAACUACUGUCUCCAUGAACUCUCCCCUCAUGUUCCAAAAAGAGUCUGAGCUAAAGUCCCUUAAAGCUCAAUUACACUCCUUACAAAACCAACCCAAAACUCAACCACCAACUCCAUAUGACCUUUUUACACCAUAUCCCAUCUACACACCACCUUACACAGCCCAAACACAACCUUUAUCUUUUUCCCAAGACCCAAGUAUUUUUGGAGCAUCCUCCUUCUUACCAACAAAAGUUCUCUAUGAACAACAGUCUACCAAAAAGAAAAAACCAACAGAAAAAAGACUAGGGAAGGAAGCCAUACUUGAACCACCCAAACCGAUUACCGAGACAUCAAAAUCUCAGGACCAACCCGAAGCCAGCAAAAUGCAAUUCAUGGUGGAGCACGCUAAUCCAAUCACUGUUUUUCUCGAGAAGGUCGCAAAACAAGAAAAAAGACUUUCUCAAGGAAGUAUGAUGAAUAAGGUACCAACAACAUUAAAAGAUGAGAAUGAUGAGGCCAUGAUCCCACAUUUUAUGAUGGCUUCACCUACUGUGGUUGAAGAAGACAUAGAGAGUGAAGGUGGAAACGUAUAUGAAGAAACCCAAGAACUGGACAAGAUCAGACAGAAGGAAACCCGCGGUUUAGUACAGAACCACAUAAGGGUUUCUCUUUUGAUGAUGUUCCCCCUUCAAAAUGGCGUGACAAAGUAUAUGAGAUGCAUGCAUGGCUAA